AUCGAGAGUGAGCGACGGGUUGUCAUCGAUUUGGUCAUCGUUUGCGGCGACUUCCAGGCCGUGCGUAACGAACACGACUUGCAGUGUAUGGCAGUUCCCGACCGAUUCAGACACAUCCGGACGUUCCACAAGUACUACCGGCGCGAUGCGACCGCCCCUAAGCUCACCCUUUUCGUGGGCGGCAAUCACGAGGCCGCCAACUAUAUGCAGACACUGGCCUACGGGGGUUGGGCGGCGCCCAACAUCUACUACAUGGGCUACGCCUCGGUCGUCAACUACCGGGGCCUCAGAAUUGGCGGCAUUUCCGGCAUUUACGACAAGACGGACGAGAAUUGGGGACACUUUGAGAGACUGCCAUUCAAUGAGAGGACCAAACGCAGCGCUUACCACACGAGACGAUCCGAUAUCUAUAAACUCAUGCAAUUGAACGCGGGGUCAGAUGGCAGUCGCGCGCAGGCCCUGGACGUGAUGGCGUCGCACGACUGGCCCCUCAAUAUCCACAACUGCGGUGACGUUCAGCAACUUCUGCGCCAAUCGAGACAAAUGUCGGUCGAUGUCAGUGCUGUCCGAGAGAAUCGUUUGGGGAAUCCAUUGCUGAUACCUCUGGUGACGCGUCUGAAGCCGAGGCACUGGUUCGCAGCGCAUCUUCACGUGAAGUACGAAGCGGUGGUCAAACACAGCGCCGAAGACCCGGCCAUUCAAACCCGAUUCCUAGCGCUCGACAAAGUGGUGCCAAACAGACAAUACUUGGAUGUCAUAGACGUCGAGCCGUCCCUACCAUCGAGUGGUGAUUGUCUGCAAUACGACGCCGAGUGGUUGGCUAUCCUUCGGUCGACCGACGAGUUGUUGAGUAUUGAGAGGAAGUGUUUCGUUCCCGACAUCCACUCGAGAGUGCAUUCUGUGACCCAAAGUGACAUCAAUCGAGUGAAAGAACUCUUUGAUAAUGACUUAACAAUUAGUUAA